ACUAUGGAGAACACAAACUCUGUUGCAUUCCCCAGCACCGGUCGCUCGAGAUCUGCAGCGCCGUCCGAAGCAAAGUCCACGCUGACCGCCGCAACGGGCGAUCUGUCGAUCGUGUCGGGGCGUGCGACGGCAUUGGAGGUGUGCGACCUGGUCUACGGAGACGGGGACGGUCGACACUCUACCCUGGACGCGAUAGAAAGGUACUAUGAAUCAAACGCCGGUGCCUACGAAAAUCCAUUAUUGACCGCAACGUCGCGUUCAGUCCUGUGUGACAUUUACUCCUUGACGAACCGCCUGUCUAGACUAGAUGUACCCAGGCCCAUAGUUGUACUGUAUACGCUGUUCGGCAAGCAACAUCUGUUAGAAGGGGAUGCCGCGAGCGAUAGUCUAUUCCAGGCGCUACGGGUCUGGACGGAGGUGGGCGAAAUCACAGAGAGCGAAAGCUUUGAUGGUCAUAGACAAUGUAUAAUCGAACAUACUUUCAAUAUCUUAAUACUCCCAGGCCUCCAUACCGACAGGCUGGCAGCCUCAACAGUCGGCCGAUUCACCCACCCCAGCACGCCCACAUCCUUCUCCCUCGCCCUACCGCUUACACACGAGAACUCCUCCCACCCAGCCACCUACGCCCACCCAAGCGACCCAGCCCUCUCCGUCCCCUUGCUCAACUUCCUCCUCCCCAGCCCCCUGCACUUACAGCUACACGUGCUCACCAGGCUUCGGUUCAACGAAUCCGGGCUGAUCACGCACCACCGCGACUUCUGGGACGUCAAGGACCUGCUCAGCCUCCUCCCGGGCGGCGCACUCGCGCAGUGGGUCGGCGCGCGCGUCGUCGGCGGCGCGCUGUCCAGCAUAUCCCGCGUACUGGGCGUAAGCCCCGCGGAAGGCACGGAGCGUGCGCGCAGCCGAGCAAGCGCAGGUGACAUCGAACUGGGGCGAGGAGGACAUGUAGAGCCGGGCCUGACGCCUGCCGCUUCCUACGCCCGGCACGCCCUCCGGUACCUGCGCUCGUCAGUCUCCAGCUAUUCGCUUCGCGCGUCGGGCGGAGGCGUCGGACAUCCGGUGUAG